UUUGACAAAUUUGACAAAUCCUUUUCCUCAUGGUCGGUCAUUUGGACCGAGCAUAGAACAUUUUGUGUGUUUAUUUUCACACAAUUUAGGUAAAAUUUCGGCCUGAUUUUGCAUACUUUAACACAUAGAGUAUUUUCAGAGUAGCCCUAAUUAAUAGUCACGCUAAUUACCACUCAAGAGCUGUAGCUUGAAAUACGUGUCUUUUGAGGUUAUAUUGGAAAGUUAACAUAUUGUUUUCAACAUGUCCAGGACAAUGUCCCGCAGGAGAGGCGAAAUCGAGGAGACCGACAAGCUCACUCGUAUUGCAAUCGUCAAUGCCGACAAGUGCAAACCCAAACGAUGCCGGCAAGAAUGCAAAAAGUCUUGUCCUGUUGUUCGUAUGGGCAAGCUUUGCAUUGAAGUAAGCCCUAACAGCAAAAUUGCUGUUAUAUCUGAAGAACUGUGUAUUGGUUGUGGUAUUUGUGUGAAGAAAUGCCCAUUUGAUGCCAUCAACAUCAUCAACCUUCCCAGCAACUUACUGCGUGAGACCACUCACCGUUAUGGCAAGAACUCGUUUAAACUCCAUCGUCUCCCCAUUCCCCGUCCGGGCGAAGUUCUUGGGCUAGUCGGGACUAAUGGGAUCGGCAAAUCCACUGCUUUGAAAAUUUUGGCUGGCAAGCAGAAGCCAAAUUUGGGGAGAUACAUGGAACCUCCAGACUGGACGGAAAUUCUAAGCCACUUCAGGGGAAGUGAGUUGCAAAACUAUUUUACAAAAAUUCUCGAAGAUGACUUGAAGGCGCUGAUCAAGCCGCAGUAUGUGGACCAAAUUCCCAAGGCCGUAAAAGGCACUGUGGGGCUAUUGCUAGAUAAGAAGGAUGAGCUGAAAAAUCAGGAUAUUAUUUGCGGCAUGCUUGAUCUGAAACACAUUAAAGAACGAGAAAUCAGUGCGUUAUCUGGUGGUGAGCUUCAAAGAUUCGCCUGUGCCAUGGUGUGCAUUCAAGAUGGAGAUAUUUUCAUGUUCGAUGAACCUUCCUCCUACUUGGACGUGAAACAACGUUUGAAUGCCGCUAAAACUAUCCGAUCCCUACUUAGUCCCGAUAAAUUUAUAAUUGUCGUUGAGCACGAUUUGAGCGUACUGGAUUAUCUAUCAGAUUUUAUUUGUUGCCUUUAUGGUGUUCCUGGUGCCUAUGGUGUAGUUACAAUGCCUUUCUCUGUUCGUGAAGGUAUUAACAUCUUUUUGGAUGGGUUUGUUCCCACCGAAAAUCUGCGUUUCCGCGAUGAAUCGCUGGUAUUCAAAGUGGCUGAAUCCGCCACUGAAGAAGAGGUGAAGCGAAUGAAUCAUUACGAAUAUCCGACCAUGUCGAAAACUAUGGGCAACUUCAAGUUGGCGGUGAAAAAGGGACAGUUUUCCGACUCGGAAAUUUUGGUGCUAUUAGGUGAAAAUGGUACAGGAAAGACCACAUUCAUUCGAAUGUUGGCCGGUAACUUGGAACCCGAUACGGGAUCAGGGACUUUGCCUCAGCUGCACAUCAGUUACAAGCCGCAGAAAAUCAGCCCCAGGUCCCACGGAUUAGUCCGGCAAUUGCUGCAUGAAAAAAUUAGGGACGCCUACAUUCACCCACAAUUCAUCGCUGAUGUGAUGAAGCCACUGAAAAUCGAAGACAUCAUCGACCAAGAGGUUCAGAAUCUCUCUGGAGGAGAACUGCAAAGAGUUGCAAUGACUCUUUGCUUGGGCAAACCUGCCGAUGUCUAUCUUAUCGACGAGCCCAGUGCUUAUCUCGAUUCCGAGCAGCGUUUGGUCGCAGCCAAAGUAAUUAAAAGAUUUAUUUUGCACGCCAAGAAGACCGGAUUUGUAGUAGAGCACGAUUUCAUCAUGGCAACUUAUCUUGCGGAUCGGGUAAUUGUCUUCGAAGGCCAACCAUCGGUAGACACAACUGCUAAUUCACCGCAAACCCUGCUGGCAGGCAUGAACAGGUUCUUGGAGCUGCUGGGAAUCACUUUCCGAAGAGAUCCGAACAAUUUUAGGCCUCGAAUUAACAAGCAAGAGUCGGUCAAGGAUGUGGAACAGAAGAGAGCUGGUCAGUAUUUCUUUUUGGAAGACUAACUUUCUUUGAGCUGGCAAAUUUUGGUUGUUUUCUUGUUAGAUUAUAGGGCAUAAAUCUUGUAAGACAACAAUAAAAAUGGCAAUUUUUCUUAUCGCUAGGAAGAGAUUUUGCAAGAUUUCUGUGCUUAUUUAAACACCCAACUUGUGCUGUACAAUGUAAUAAGAAUCAACCAGGUGUGUGUGACAAUUUUGGGUUUAUCCAAAAAGUUUGGCAAAAAGAUCAAUAAUUACGAACGCAAAUGUUUUAUUUAUUGCGAAGCUGUACUGCUAAUUGUGCGGCGAAUUUAUCAACAAACGGUCACAAAUAAAAAAAUUGUUGUAAUGAA